AGCAAAUUUUUUUUUGGGUUUGGGUCUUGUCUAUCACGACGAGGCUCUGUUCUGCGCCCUUUCGUGCACAAAUCAUCGUCAUCAGCGCCGGGUGAUCGUUCCACGUGCGGAUGAUGAAGGGUGCCUUGCGGGCCUUGUGUCUGUCGGGGCAUGCGCUACUCCCCCGGGCUCGUGCAGCAUUCCGGUCCGUCUCGGAGCCCGACGUUUCGCUGAGAUACUCUGCAGGCAGGUCAAGUACAAAAAACCGCGCUGGCGUGCUGAUGUGUAGGGCUUGUGGGGAUCUUUGCAUUGAAACUGAAGUUGCUGAUUGAGGCUUGAAAGUAUUAGACAUGACAUUUCCCCAGAGAAGCGGGUCCCAAUUUGCCUUGAGCCUACACAUCACGCGACGGCGCAAUUCGUGCUGCAAAUCUUGACUUGCAAAUUUAUUUUUUCUGUGAUACACACCACCAAAUCUUCCGGGGCGGAGUACUCGGAUGAGCCUUCUCUCGGGGACGAGGAGUCGCAGAUCUUCCUGCAAGAACCGAUCGCCGCGCUUGUCGGAGCCAACGGGGAUGUGCAAGGAGGUAUAAUGUUGUUUUCUUUUUGAAAAGUACGCGCCUUCUACAAAUGGGAGACAAAAAGCACACUCUGAUUGAAUGAUAAUGAAGUGGGGGGGAUCACCGUGUCGGCUGUCCGGGUCCGAGAAUGCAGAGCUUUUGUUCUUAACCACGGAAUAAAACAUCAACAGAACUCCCCGAUUGGGGUGCGUCGUCGUUUGCGGAACAAGUACAAUAUGUGCCCCGCCCCUCGGGACCGCACGACAUCCACUCGGAACCGCACCAACCGCAGGAACAGGAGGACUGCCACCACGCGGAGGUGCCGGUCCUCAAGUUGCGGUUCGCCUACUUUUCUCCGUUCGCGGGCACCGAGUACAUCAAGUUGGAGGACGAAACGAACACGACCCUCGCUUCCCUGUCUGAGACGGUGCACAAGGAGCUGACCGGAUUCGACCACACGAAGCAGAAGGUGCACUCGCUGAUCCGCGUCACGAUUGCGCUGCAGGCCUUCGACCGCGCCGAGGAGACGUUUCUGCAGAGCCCGCCCCCGGUCGUGGCGCAACUGCGGCGGAAGUCCUUGGGUACGCACUUGGCGCCGGUGGGCGCGGAUGACCCGGACGAGCAGCUGCUGGAGGAGGAGAUGAAGCAGUGGCUGAGCGGGCUGUGCCGGUACGCCAAGCACUUCCACCGGGCCAAGCUGGUGAUGUCGCACCACUACGCGACCGUGCGCACCCACCCCGCCUCGGUGGCGCAGCUUUCGCCCGAGGAGUACACGGGCUGGCAAAUGUUCCUGGAUCGCCUCGAGAAGGUCGGUCUGUACCCAGCCUGGUUCAACCAACUGCACCUGUUGCCGCCGAACUUUCCGCCCUCCACGGGGGCGCUGGCCCUGCCCACCACGGCCGAAGACGCCUCGGGCUUCCCCGUCGUCUACUUCGACCCGCACAAGAAGUUGGGCGGCCGCCGAGCCUUCGACGGGCUCUGCCAGGAACCCUUCAUGGACCGGACAACCCGGACGUGGCAGUGCAAGCGGCACAUGAUCAAGAUGCGGGACGCGGUGGGCCGGUGCUGCCAGUUCACGCAGAUGUACCCCACGGAAGACGGCAUCAUGAUCCGGGAGCCGCGCUACAAGCUCAACAUCAAGUUUGAUUACCAGCUCGACAACUGGGCGCAGACGAAGAUGCACCUCGUGGACGUGAGUUACAAUCCCUGGAGCGACACCGAAAGCGUGAAUGAGUACAAGGACGUGACGCAGCUGGAGAAGCACAUCCUUCGUGCGAUGAAAACCCACGAGAACCCAAAGAACUACCCGGAGGUACAGCAGCUGCUCGAGCUGCAAACCUGGCACACUGCGCAUUACGGACUAUAUCAAAGUGAAAAGCGCAAUUCAGCUCGCUCCGGCGUGCCACCGGAGUUCUUGUAGAGAAACGCAAACAGUACACAAGUCGCAGCAUAAGUGACUCAAUUGCAGAAGAAUGCAUGAUGAACAAUAGAUGCUUAGUAGUUUUGCCGUAUCAGACGUGAAAAAUAUCAGAUCUGAGCGAACCCCAGUUACCGGCGGAAGUGGCGCAGGAGCUAUUUUCACUUUGAUUUGCGUGCCGACGCGGUGGUGGACCCUACGACCGAGAUCGAUUUCGCGGGGGAGCCGCAGCCGGACGAAGCUUCUCUGGCGGACCUGAUCGUGCGCAUCGAGUGCUACAACGACAUCGUGUAUGGCAUGGAGGACUCGGACGGGGCCUUUGGGAACAACAUCUACGACCGCCACAACAAGAAGGGCCAGGAGGAGCGCCGCAUGUACGGCGUGCACCACUCGAACUGCGUGGCAAAGAAGCACGGGAGCGACACACUGUACAUGAUCGACAGCAACUUCGUCCCCCCCAUGCAAGCGGCGUCGCCCAGCGACGGGCUCCCGCGGUCCAUGGCCGCCGGCACCACGAAAUAUUCGUGGGCGGAGCGGCGCAACAGCUUCGUUACCCGGCGCAACCAGGACAUGGGCGUGGCGGGUGGCUACGAGAUUUCGAAGUUGCUCUUCGUGUGGCAGGCGGUGGGUGGCAAGGAGCGAAAGGCGAUGAAGGACGAGUGCUCCUGGGUCUUCGGCCGGAUCUACGACAAGGGGGAGGCGAGGCGGUGGACGCACGAGAACCCGGCGGAGGCGCCGGAGGUUGGCGACAUCGAGUACGCGUUCGACACGUUCCCACUCGACGAGAUGUACAAAUCGCGCGCCGAGGGGGGCCGCGGCGUCUCGCCCGGGGAUUUGACGGGGGCCACCCCGAAUCAGGUGGCCUUCGCCGCCAACUUUGCCGGGACCUCACGCGGGAACUACCUGUCGCUGAUGGGCGACUUCAUUUCCUGCAACAGCACCAGCCGGGGCGUCUCGGAGAAAAAAGCGAAGGACGUGUGGAUUCGCAUGCUGCAGCUCACGCCGAUCGACGAGGAGCACCUGGCGGAACCGUCCAUGACCACGCAGCAGGUGCUCGACAGCUACGCCCUGCUCAAGAAGGAGGAGCUGGAGGACGGUUUUUACAACCAGAACCGGCACCGGUCCCAGGUGGAAAACGUCGCUUUGUUCAACCCCGUCUCCUACAAUCCCAAGUGGACCUGCACGAGUUUCGUGGUCGGGUACAUGGCGGGUUUCUUGGCCCUCGCGGAGGAGGAGAAGAAUCACGGCGUGAUGCCCUCCGUCAUGGACCCCACCAUGCUCCAGCUGGUGUACCGCGAACUGUGGUCGUACGAAGCCAACUGGAUCGGCGACGACGGCACGCUCCUGAUCGGGAGCCAGGACGGGCUGUUCCGCAAGUCGAACCUGCUGGAGCCGGAUCCCAGCCUGAUCGGGAUUGGGCUGGAGCGCCCGGGAAACCCGCUGGUGGUGGCCGGGCUCACCGUGGGCAACCACGAAAAUGAGUUGCGCACUUCGCCGACCGAGCUCUCCAAGGUCUUGCGCCACUCCCGCCACCUGGUCGUGCCCAUCCGCCCGCCACCCCCGCUCCCGGAGCCGGAGCCGGAAGACAUCUACUCGUCGUAUCCGUACCACUACUACCAUUACGAAUCGGAGGAAGAUCACACGACUGACGACCACGGUGCGGGCGAAACGCACACAACCCACGAUCACCACGAGGACGUCGGCACACACUCCAUGCCGAUCUACAAUCCGGCCGACGCCGAACACCACGCCAACUCGUACACGCCGGCUUAUCAUUACCCGCCGUUGCCUGAGUACGCCGAGUCUCAUCCCGUUUCCCCGCCGGCUGCUCCUCUGCCGCCGGCGCACCACGGCCAUUCUACGCCGCACAGCCACGGCCACCACCCGGCACACGGCCACCACCACUACGGCCACCACGGCCACGGCUAUUCUACGCCGUACAGCUACGGCCACGACCCGGCACACGGCCACCACCACCACCACCACGGUCACCACCAGCACGGCUAUUCUACGUCGCACGAAACCCCCGCGCCGCACUACUCGCACUCCGCGCCGGCGCAGUACCCGGCGUCGACGCCCCCGUACACCGAGUCGUAUUCGCCUCCGGUGCACCACGGCCCUUCUGCGCCGCACAGCUACGGCUACCACCCGGAACACGUCGAGGUCCACGCGCCGCCGCACAAUUCGUACCCUGAGCACAUCGAACCGCUCCCCGUCUCCCCUGCUGCUCCCGUGACGUCGGCGCACCCCGCGGAGGCAACCGCCGCGCCGCCGAGCCAGGACGGUUCCACGCUGAGCACAGCGGCGCCCGACCAGACCACGACCUCUCACCCGUCUGCGACGGAUGGCCACGGUGCGGCGGACCACAAUCCGUUGGCCCCGUUUGUCCCGAUGAUGCAGCAGAGUCUGCGCGGGAUUGGUCAAAUAUCACUCUGAAAAGACCCAGCGAAGCGUAAAUUCGUCCCCUCGAUUUUUAUAUGUAUGUUUCGAGGCACCACCUAAUUUUUCUAUUAUCAUACAGUGUGGCAGCGUCUUCAGGCAAGAGGAGGUCAAAGUGUGUAGCAUGUACUAUUCGGAAACGCAUUGGUAGCGCUAGCUGCACCUGCACCUGCGUCACGAAAAUCAUUCGUACACUAGGCAACACCUCGAAGAUCAUGAAAAUGAUACAGAAACAAGGUGCUCUAUUAGAGCCGCGCUGUGUUUUUUUGGCCUGGCCAUACGCAAUGUUCCAGCGGGCGGGCGGACAACAGGGUCCGCAUUCGAGUUCGUUUCUCGAGGGCGAUUUCUUCGCCGGCUUCCGGAACGCGAUUCAGGAGCACGUGGGGCCUAUCACACAGGAAAAUGCUAGCAUAUCACGCGAAGAUACAAAAAAAAUUUUACUAUGAUAUACUUACACGACAAAUCUAGCAAGAACCAAAAAUGUUCGGGCUGGACGACCCCGGGCCCGCAGUAAGGUAUUGCAGAAAUAAGUAAUGCAAGACAGAAUUUGAUUGCAUUGCAAAUGCGGUAAUAUGCUAGGUGGCUUUUUUCUGUGGGAUAAAACCCGAGGUGGAUUGGGAGGAGGCCGCGGAGUAUCAAAUGUAAAAAUGUCCGGGUCUGGAAGAUUCUGACACUUGUCAUGCACGUUUUGCAUGAGCCCUGAUGUCUGUGAUGCAUGCCCUAGCAUCACAGAUUUUGUGGGAGCUUCUUGAUGCCUAUUCCGCAUGACAAAUGCCCUCUCCGCGUAGCAAAAAAUACAUUCCUUUUGGUACUCAUGCAAUACAGAUUUUUCUGGAAUCCAAAUGCAGCAUCACAAGUUCCAACCUUCCAGACCCAGACAUUUUACUUGUGAUACGGAGAAAUUGCCCGCGAUGUUGCCCGGGUUGCAGCGUCGGACCAUAUGCAAGAAAAAAAGUGCGUAAGUGUAAAUUUGUGUUGCAGAACAUGCAACAGAGUUACACCUGUCAUGCCAGACAGCCACGAAGCUCUCUUUUCAGGUGUGUUUUGCCUUACAAGCCACGCGUGACAGGUUUUCUCUGUCAUGUAGAGCAAAUGAUGCUGUUCCUCAAAGAAAGUUACACUUACACACUUUUUUUCCUGGAUAGACCACGACGGCGAUGCAGUACUGGAACGAGCGAACGCAGGACUACGUCGGGGGCGAGGCUGAUGUCGUGGAGCACCGUUUCGAACUGUACUGGGGGGCGGCGGGUGACGAGUGGCGGCGGUCGGUCGGCUUCCUCCAGGAUGUGGCACACUUGGACCUGAACCAGGAUGCCGGGUACGUGCCGAAAGAAUUUCAUCCGGGCGUGGGGGAGGACCAGGCCAAGCUGCGCAGUGGCGUGAACAAGCACACUAUCCUUGGUCAACUGGUGUGGAAGAGUUCCCCUCCCGCUCUUUUUGUAGACACCACGGAAGAUGACAUGAGGAAAAUGCAUUGCAGGUAAAGAAGAACAUGACAGAGAGUAGAGAAAAUAGCGUGAUCUUCGUUGCACGACACGCACCUCUUGGCGAAGGUAGAUCUGCAGCGUAUGCAUAAAAAAACUGGCAGUAAGUGUUUCAUUGCACUUUCGAUGUGAAGACAAGGCUCCAGCUGAGAACAGCAUCCUUCGGAACAGAUCGCGCAGUUUUCUUCCGCGCUAGCGGCCCUUUUGUUUCUGGUGUAGGGCGGGGAAAAAUCUUCCUACCGGAUAAGCACCAAGAAGCGAGUGAUGGAGUGGCGGAACUUUCCCGAAGAGGUGGUGGAUUUGGUCAUCGAGGCGCACGAGAAAACCGCCGAACAGCAAGCCAUCUAUCCUGCGGGAAAGUUUGCGUCAAAUCAACACGCGUGCGGUGCUUCUUGUCAUGCUGUUACCGUAGAUUUUUGUGCUUCUUGCUUUUCCCGCCUCUCUUUAGCCGUGAGAGGGCCGGGCCCUCCAUGAUGCUACUUGCGUCAUGAUGGCAUCGCGGUACUGUUCUUGCGGUUAAAAAGUAGAUUGCACAUCACGCUGUGUGAAGAUGUUGAGGCAGCUGUUUCAUGGGAUACGCAGAUCCGGAAUGCCGGGGGCCGCUGAGACCACCGCGAAACUGUUGGACAGAUCCCUCGGGAAAGGAUGUUUCAAACGCAGAAAAGAAUCAAUUUGAGAUAGUUCCAAAUAUCAAUGAAUGUUUCACAGGAAAGAUAUAGAUGGAAUUUCCGUCUUCGCAGAAUUUGUUCUACGAGAAAAGCAUGUGAAUGGCUAUUAACUAGUUGGAAAUCUAUCAGUUUCGAGACCGAGUUGUCUCGGUGAUGUAUGAAUCGUCAGAAAGAAAAAUAUAGCAUUGCCUGCACUAUUCUACUAUCCGGUAUGAUUUAUUGUUGUUAUUGUUUUGAUAUUUGCACAGUUUCAGCUCGCAGUUUCACCUUCAAAAAUAUUGUAUCAAAAUUAAAAGCGAAAAUCGUCUUACCAGCGCAGAUCUUGGCGCACGACAAACGUUGUCGGUGCAGGAGGCAUGUGCAAUUUCUUUCUGAAAAGGGCACUGUUUCCUUCAGGGGGUCUAUCGCUUGUCAGACACGAACGCUACCGUUCAGAAAUUAUGUAGAUCUAGUUUGUUUAUGUGCUGCAUGAAUCAGUAAAAAUUUUUAAUUAUGUAUCAUUCAAAAUCCGACCACAGGGAUGUUAGAUAACACUGAAAAGGCGUUAUGCGAGGCAUCGACUGCAUUGCGGUUCUGCCUCGCUUUCUGCUUAUCAGUGGUAUCUGUCCCGCCAAGAAGCACUAAGUUGUGUCCGCAAUAAGGCACAGCAGCCGCAAGAGGUUUUGUUGCGUGCACUAUCGCAAGAGAAAAAACAGCAGAAUGUGAUUGUUGAAAUUUUAGUUGGGUUUGCACAGGUUUAGGU